GGGUGGCCAGCAGUGUAUUUCAAACUAUGUUUGGUCUGUUGAAAGUUUUUUAUCAUACAAUUCAAUAAUUUGCUACAAAGAAAGAAUUUAAGUUAUAGAAAACAAUAAAUGGUUGCCAAAUACCAUGAUAAUGCUUAUAAUAUUCUCAUUAUUUCACACAUUAAAUUACUUUGAAAACCCUAACAUUUUUAUACUAGUACAGGAAUUCUGGUUUUUAAUUCAAUUUCUUUGUUUUAAAAUGCAUCUAGUAAUUAUUUGAAAAGGAAUGUUUGAUUAUAUUUUGCUAUUAUAAUUAUUGUGUGCAACUAAAAGUGCUUUUCUUAUAUUUUAAAGUACAUUAAUAAAGCUUUUUUAUGUUAAUAAAUGAGUUAAUGUAUUUUAUAGAUAAAUCCUGAAACCAAUACUAUGGUGCUAGUUUCAAGGUCAAUUGAACAUCCAGCCUGCCCUGUAAACAAUAAAUAUGUUAGAGUAACUAAAUAUAGUUCUAGAAUGGUAAUCAGGCCUCAUAGGACUUAUGAUGAGAAUGGAUUUGAUUAUGUACUUACUUAUUUUGAUGAUCCUCAGGCAGCAUUUCCUACUCCAGCUUAUAACUGGAUGGCAAAAUCAGGUGUUCCUGAUUUUGUUGAGAAAUUACAUGAAGCUGCUCGGAAACUUUACUAUGAGGAGCAUAGAAACAAAUCUAGUCCAUCUGUACCACCUGUAACUAAAGAAUCGUGUCAUAGUAGCAAUGUUGAAUAUAUAUACAUAUAAUUUAUUAUGAGAUAUUUAAGGAACUUUUUAAUAUUAACCUAUUUCUCUAGGUACACAUGGUGUCUUAUCAAAGAAAUAUAACUGUUAUUUUAAAUUUUUAUCAUUCAUUGUAAUUAGACUAUGAAUCAUUUCAUUUUGUAAAUUUUAAGAUAGUGCUGGAAUAUAUUGUAUUGUUGACAAAUAAAAGUUUAAUUCAUUUCUAGAUUAUUUUUAGAAGCUUUGCACAGCCAUUUGAAUUAAAUUCUCUUUCUCUUAGUCUUCAAACCAGAUUUGCAUGAAUUCAUUUGUUCGUUUGUAUAUUUUUGUUCGAAUAAAUGUUUUUCGAAGGAGUUUUAUUUUGUGUUUUUCUUGAACAUAAGUGUAUUGAAGCCAGCAAAACCUUUAUGCAUUCAAGUUUAAAUCCCUCUUUCAAAAUUUUUAAAUAUUAAUUCAGUAUUUUAAAGCAUUUAAUGUUUCGAAAUACAUAUGUAAUGAUACAGAAGUUAUUGACAUGGAGAUUUAUAAAAUAGUAGUUGCAGUAUGGCUGAUUUUAUUAUUUCUUUAUUCUGGUUGGCAAGUAUUUUUGAUGGUCUGCUAUUAAAUUGGUAUUAUAAGCACACCUAUUCUUGAAGAACUUUUACAUUUUUAAGAUGCUGCAGGAAGGAAAGCAGCAACAGCAAUCUAGCUAAACAGAGAGGAUGAGAGAAAAUGUGACAUGCCGAAGACCAAAGUUAGAUUAAGAUUGGUUUUCACUUUGUUUUCAUUGGUUGUUUAAAUUUAAGUUUAAAAUUAUUAUUGGCUGAAGCAAUAUGUAAAGCAUCUGAAUCUUAUUUUGAAAUGAUGGAAUUUAGAGAGCUUUUUUGUAGGCAGGUUCUAUAUUUCGGACAGAAAACUGAAAUUAUUUAAUUCAAAUUGAGAGGUAAGGGACUAUUUCAAAUUAAAAUUUCUAUUUGUACAUUUUUUAUCUUAUAUUUCCCCUCUUUAAAGAGAAAAAGGUUUAACAACAGUAAAGCAUAGAGCAAAAACAUUAGAGUAAUAACAAUUUACAAUAUGAACAUGAAAUAGUGCUCAUCCAUAGAGCAUCUGUCAAGGCCGAUGGAACAUAUUUUAUUUCUUGUAAAGCACAUUCUGAACUCUAAAUACAAAGUACAAUGAGCACAAUCUGCAUGCUUACUUUUGAUCACAUUUGAGCCUUUUUACAUUAUUAUAACCGCACAGUUGAUGAAAGACAGGCAAGUGUGAUAUAUUUAGAAUAAAAGCUUUCUUCAGAAUGAAUCAAUUCACAUUUUGUCCCUAUUAGUUAAAAAUAAGGUUUGGUUACUAAAUUGGAAAUCAUUAAUCUCAUCUGGGUCAUGAGCAUUAGGCAAAAAUCUUAUUACAUAGAUUAAUUCUGAAAAGACUGAAUUCAGAGCAAUUUAUUAUAAGUAGUUACUUAUUUUUAGGACAGAAAAGAGUAAUUAAUGCCCAUAUCAAAGUUAAGAGACUGUUUGCAAAUUAAAAGUUUUGCUUUACAUAUUUUUUUAUUCAAUUUACUAAAGCGGGAAGUUAGAUUCAAAUAUAGCAACAAACUUUAUGAUAUGCUAUUUAAAAAGUAGAUUCUGUUUUAAAUAUGCUGUAACUUGUUUAUUAUACAAUCUUGUGAUUUAAAAUAUUUGAUCUGUUUAUUGAUCAAAAAUUUCUAUCCUUGAUCCUAGUAUAGAAAUGAAAUACUUUACUUAAUCAUUGCUUCUAGGGUAAUUUUUCCAACACUAACUUUGUCACAAGUAUGUUAAAAGAAGAUAAUAAAUAAUAUGCCAAAUUUUAGAAUCAUUCUUCAUGUAAAUUCAUGUUCCUUGUUUUAGGGUUCUACUGAUGUAUGCAUUAAAUCAAAUGUAAAAAAUGAGAUUCAUUAAAUGAAUUAAAAAUAGA